GUAUGCAUGAUCGGGGUGCCAAGGCUCGGAAACGCGGCGCGAUCCUGAGGCACGUCUGAAGGCUCCUUUGGCGGGCCCAGGAGCUAUAGCAACGCGCGACCAUGGGCACGAGGUACGUACUGUACUGUACUGUACCGCUCGGGGACUCGCUGGGACUGACUGGGCAGGCGAACGGGCAGCAGGCUCCAAGCGGAUCCUCCAUUUCGUCCAAGUCAGCGCCCCCAUAAAUAGGGCCGACUGACUCCCAGCCGACGACGCUUCAGUUGCAGCAAAAGGCGUCACAAUCAUCUCCGUGUGAACAUCAGAAAUCAACACAGCAACAUGGCAACCUUUGCGAAAGCUGGCUUCGAUAGCGCAAGGUACCUUCGGUACCGGCCGCAGUACACGAGCCAGCUAUACUCUGCCUUACUGGAGUACCAUCAUGGAAGUACAGGAACUGCCCUUGACUGUGGUGCAGGGACCUGCCAGGUAGCUGGUGCACUGGCAUCGCGCUUCACCAAUGUUCAGGCGACGGACCCGUCCGAGCGCAUGGUGAGCGAGGCACCCAAAGGCCUCCCCAAUAACGUCAAAGUCAGCGUAGCCUCCGCAGAGAGGCUUCCUUUCCCAACCGGCUCCGCCGACCUCAUCGUAGCCGGUCAAGCCGCGCACUGGUUCGACAUCCCACGCUUCUUCGCAGAAGCCCACCGCGUCCUGAAACCCGAUGGGAAAGGCACUGUCGCAGUCUGGGGCUACACCCUCCUCCAAUUCCCCAAACGCGAAAGCAUCACGAAACGUGUCCAUGCGUUCUGUUAUGGGACCGGUGAGGGACAGAUGGGAGAGUAUUGGGAGGGCAAGCGUGCCGUUUUGGAUAGCAAGUACUCGGGUUUCGAAGAUGCCGCUCGGGAAGCGGGCUUCGUAGAUGUGGAGAGGUGGGACUACCCACUAAGCGGCACAUUCGUCAGCGAGCACAAUCCCCCAAACUGGCCUCGCCAGUAUGACGCUGUCAAGAAGAGCGUGCAGAUCAUCGAGCGGGACCUGAGCUUGAAUGGGUUGAAGGACUAUCUUAGCACUUUUUCGGCGUACAAAAACUAUGUCGAUAAACAUGCGGGCGCCCCUGACGCGCUUGAUGCUUUCAUCGAGACGACGGCUAAGGAGGAAGGGAUUACUGAUAGGGAUGAGGUAUGGGAGACUCAAUGGCCUGGAGUUGUCAUCAUCGCCCGAACAAAAUGAAGACGGGGAGAUUUCCAGUUGAACAUAGCCGUAGUGUAUGCAUAGUAGUUUCAACCUAGCGAAACGGAAGCUCAGCUACAUCCUGUAUAUAGCGGAAGAACAAGGAUUGAUCGACCAUGGGAAAGGACAACCUCACCGAAAAUCGAGUCACUUGCGGAGUUUGAUGUGAGGUACCCGCACAGCUCGAUGUUUCAUGACGAGGUCGCGCGAGCGGCAGGUGGAUGCCGAUGUUGCGAUUCUACGCUGUCUAGCGCAGUCUUGAUCGUUGUCGUCGAAAAAUUUUUAC